AUGGACACAACAAUCAUAGAAUACAUCAUCAUCACCACCCCGUUCGAAUCUCGCAUUCAUCUUGUGAACGAUAAGAAUAAUAAUUGUAAAAUCAACGGCGUUUCUGUUGCUAAUCACGUUACAGAGGGACAAAAUCACCAUUGUCAUGAAAAAAUAUCAAAAGCUGUCAAAAAAACUAAGUCAAUGCAAACUCCUAGAGAUAAUAACGAUAGUAUUCCAACUGAAACAUUAACGGAAAAAGUCGUUCUGGAGAAUUUGAAUCCAGCCGUAUUAGGUCCCGUUUCAGAUUUGAAUGAAAAAAUAAAAAAUGAAAUUCAGAAGCGCCUAACUAUGAAUGAUGAUCUAAAAGAUGACAUGAGAACAUUCAACCACCACAACAGUUCAAGUUUUAUUCGUCCGAUUCAAAAUACCCACGCAGAAAAAAAUUUUUCUUCUCAGCUUGAAUCACAUUGCAGUGUUAAAAAGCUGCAACAAAGCAUUCGUGAUGCAAAUAGCGUCCAAAUAAAAACUGAACCCGAAGACGAAAAAGAAAUAUCUGAGAUAAUCUAUAAAAAGAAAGUAGAUAACGGUCCUCCAAGUCAUGCCGAAGUUGAUUGCAAAUUUGUGAACUACACUCAAUCGAAGCCUCGAGUAAAAUCUUAUUGCAUCUUUGACAAUCAUCAUAAUACGAUUAAAAAAAAUCCAAAUAAUAUCCAAAGAUCGUAUGAAAUAGUCAUGAAAAAAAACGGAAAUGACGAUUUUGUGAAAGAGAAAUCAGUAAAUGAGAACAUUGAUCUGCAGUCGAGAACACCGUCCAGCGGAAGUGAUUCAUCGACCAUCAGCUCUUUUGAAAAUUUCAAAUGCAAAAUGGAUGCUAAAUAUACUUAUGAAGAUAAAAUGAAAAAUUAUCAAAAAUAUCUAAAAAUGGACAGUCAGAUUGCACAGAAUAACAUGUUUAUAUGUCGCGAAAAUUAUCGUAAAAUGAAAAAGUCGGCUACCAAUCAUGAUUUUGAUGACAAUGUUUAUAACAAUUGUACAUCAUCCAGGACCUCAUGUCCCUUCGUCACAGACAGGAGACCGUAUAAAAACAACAACUUCGAAUUAGAAAGUAUUUCUUCGGUGAAGAAUCAUGUCGUUUGUCCGAAAGGAAGUGGCGGAAGUGACAGCAGUUGCAGUAGUGACACUGGAAAUAAUAAAAAUCAACAUGCGAGCGAAAGUUUAAGUUCUGGGGACAGAGAUAGUCUCAGUAGCAAUAGCAGCAACAACAGUUCUAUCGAAAAUGUAGGCAAUCCAGACAUAAUCAAAAGUCAAAAGAAGAAGAGCAAGUAG